AUGGCUUCGUCAUCACAAGCUUUUCCUUUAGCAGACUCUAAUUCUUCAUCUUCCUCGUCAUCCUCUUCGGAAGAUGAUCCUUUUGGGGCGUUGAUUCAACAGGAUCAAGAUGAAUUAUAUGAGAUUAUGAAUUCAGUGAGGCCAGAGAUAGUUGAGCAAGUAUUUCAAAUCCGUAAAAAGAAGUGGUACAUUCAUCAAACGACAACUGCUAUUUGUAUACUCGCAUAUGGUUGUGUAGCUGAUCACUAUGAUGAGUAUAUUAAAAUCGGUGAGAGCACUGCCAUUAAAUGCUUUAAGACAUUUUGUAAUGCUAUUGUUACUGUGUAUGCAGAGGAGUAUAUGCGCCUACCCAACGAAGCUGACAUAGCACGGCUGCUUGAAGAAGGGGAGCAUAGAGGAUUUUCGAGUAUGCUUGGUUCUAUCGACUGUAUGUACUGGGAGUGGAAGAAUUGCCCAGUGGAGUGGCAAGGCACACAUAUGGGACGAUCUGGCAAGAAUACACUCAUAUUGGAAGCAGUUGCCUCACAAGAUUUGUGGAUCUGGUAUGCAUUAUUCGGAAUGCCGGGUUCACACAAUGAUAUAUAUGUGUUGGACCAUUCCUCGGUAUUCAACGGUAUCGUCAAUGGCCAAUUACUUCCGGUUAAUUAUGUAGUGAAUGGACAUCACUAUAGAACGGGGUAUUAUUUAUCUGAUUGUAUAUGUCCUAAGUGGACAACUUUGAUGCAGACCAUCCCGUACCCAACCACUACGAAAGAAAAAUUAUUUGCUCAGUUACAAGAGGCAGCAAGGAAAAAUAUGGAACGGACUUUUGGGGUAUUGCAGAUCAAGUGGGCAAUAAUAUAA